AGCCAAAGACCACCACCACCACAACAACAACAACAACAACCACCUCAUCAUUAACAUCUUCUUCAACAACAGCAAAGCCGAGUCUGGAAAGGGCCCAACAAAGCAGGAUGCAAAGAAAGCAGAUGCUGGGAAGCCGAAAGAUAGUGCAGUAAGUCAGAACUUCAUUUUUUUUUUCCAACCAACUCAAAACAGGUCAAUGUACAUGGAACAGCAGCAGCAUAAAAUAAAGUACUAAUAUAUACAGUAGAGCACUGUUGUAAAGCAGAUGUCUCAUCACCUGUUGCUGGCAAAGCAGCUCCUGCUACAGUGGGGGCCGCUGGAGUAGGUACUAGUACAGUAGCUUCAUCUAGCAAACCUAAAGAAGAGGUCUCAUCAUCUGUUGCUGGCAAAGCAGCUGUUGCUACAGUGGGGGCCGCUGCAGUAGGUGCUGCUACAGUAGCUUCAUCUAGCAAACCUAAAGAAGAGGUUAAAGAAUUAAAGAAAGUGAGUGUGGACAAAAUUGCUGCUGGUGCUGCUCCAAGCAAGAGUGAAAAGGAUGAUGCUUUAGAUUUGUUAAUUGAUACUUUGGGGGGACCAGAAAGUGUUCCAGAGUCUCCACAAUUCACUGGACCGGAGGUCACUGACAUCCCUGCCACAUCAGAAUAUCUAGAGGAAUUGGGAAAGAGAGAAUCCACAAUCCCACCAGAAUACAGACAUCUCCUGGAUGGUAAAGGGGAAAAGCCUACAGAACCUCCACCAAAGGCAGCUGAAGAGACUUUGGAUGAUGAGGAUCUUGUUGCAGCAAUGUCAUCUGAUUUUGUCAGCUGUUCAGCUCCACCUGAUGAGAAGAAGCCAAAACUAGAAGAGAAAAAAGAAGCACCGAAGGCAUCAACAGCUCCUACUGCACAUUCACAGCCCCAGUCUACUAACGCAUCAGAUGAAGCUUUAGAUGCACUUAUGGGCACACUUGAGGGUCCCCCAGCAAAUGUACCCGAAUCACCCCAGUUUACAGGCCCAGAAGUAACAGAACAUGUUACAUCAACAUACCUGGAGGAACUUGGUAAGAGAGAUUCGACAAUACCUCCAGAAUACAGACAUUUGCUUGAUGGGAAAGAUCAUGGUAAACCUAUACUACCUGCAGCAGAGAACCUUGAGCCAGCACUGACUGACAGUGAUGUAUUAGAUGAAUUGUCAAAGGAUUUUGAAUUUUCUCCUCCUUCACCUGCCCAGCCCUCUGCUCCUCCUGCUGCUGUUGCACCCAAAGACACUACAAAAGACAAACAAGUGAAAGCAGAUGUUGUCUUACCUUCAUUUGCAACCUCUGUACAGGCUGCCACAGCACCCUCUGCUGGUAUGGACACGGCUUUAGAUGAAUUAAUGGGUACUCUAGAAGGCCCUGAGUUUAAUGUACCGGAGUCUCCUGCCUACACAGGUCCAGAAGUAACGGAAACUGCUACAGCAACAUACCUUGAAGAACUUGGAAAAAGGGAAAGCUCUAUCCCUCCAGCAUACAGGCACUUGUUAGAUGGGAAAGAAGAUGGAAAGCCAGCACUGCCCCCACCUGAAGAAAAGCCUAUGACAGAGAGUGAACUGGCAGAUGAAUUAGACUUUACAUGUUCCCCGCCCCCAGCUGUACAGAAAACACCUCCUGCCAAAUCAAAAGAUGCUGAAUUGAAAAAUGUAGAGUGUGAAUCUGUGGUUAGUGCUGCCUCCUCCUCAUCUGUCCAGGCUACACCUACUAAAGCACCAACUUUUAAAGCUGACCCACUAGAUGCCUUGGCUGGAACAUUAGGAGUCAGGCAAGAAGCUCCAAAAGACAAAAAACCUGCUAAAGAUGCAGUGAAGGAGCAAACAGGCAAAGAGAAGAGAGAUAAACUUGGAGAAGAUGAAGAAACAAUACCUCCUGACUACAGACUAAAGGAAGUUAAGGAUAAAGAUGGGAAGCCUCUUGUGCCAAAACCUGAAGAAAAGGCUCAGGCGAUGAGUGAGGACGAUCUGCUGGAUGCUUUGACUGAAGGGUUUGUCACCUCUCCUGCUGCUUCUCCGUGUCCUCCAUUAAAAUCAUCUGAGAAACCAUCUCAGAAAUCUGGGUCUGAAGAGAUUGUAUCCUGUUCUAAAGUUUCAUCUGUGCAAUCCAGUGCUCCAAAGCCUUCAUCUGCAAAAUCUGGAGAUAAAAAGCCAUCUGACUCUGACAUAAAGAUACCUGAUGAUGCAUUAGAUCUGCUCUCUGGUUCUCUGGGAACAAGAAUAGAAGAUCCUAAUGAGAACAAGCCUGUAGUAGAUUUAGUAAAGGAAAAAGCCAAAAAAGAGCACAUUGACAGACUUGGAGACAGAGAUGACACAAUCCCUCCUGAAUAUAGACACCUCUUGGAUGGUAAAGAUCAGGGUAAACCUGCAAAACCAGAAGAGGUGAAGCCAAAGACUUCCCUGAGUGACGAUUCAGCCAUUGAUGCUCUGUCUAGUGGUUUCUCCUCUUGUGAUGCCGGCUCGGCUGACAAAGCAAAGAGUUUUUCAAAGGACAAGACAGAGACGAGCGCUUCUAGCACACCAGUUUCCCAGACAGCAGGAAAGGCCCCAGAAGCCAAAAAGGACAAGACUGGAACAUGCACCCCUAGCACACCAGUGUCACAGACCGCUGGGAAGACCUCAGAUGCCUCAAAGCCUACCAGUCAGAGCUCCUCUACAACACCUAGUGCCUCAAAGACAUGCAGAAGUUAG